GUUCCUGUUUAUUUCACAACGUGUGUUUGUACAGUCUUUGUUAACAUCUUCAGUUCGCGUGCUUUGUACUGAAGGACAAGCCAUGGGGCAGAUGAUGAAGGAAAUGAAUGCAGCUUUAGAGCGUGAUGGCACUCGGAGCCGGGACACUUGCUGGGCACUUGUGUGCGUGGGGAUGGUUCCUGUUCCCUGUGAACCUGUGACCCAGAGCGUGUCCCGGCUGGAAUGCGCAGGCGGUGCUGCCGCCCACGGCUCGUACGGGACAGUGCCCUGCGUGCAGUGGAGAGGCUGAGUCUGCUUUGCUGGCAGGUACCGGCUUCCAUGUGCAAGAUAACAUAUGAGGAGCUCAGUGUGGGACACUUAGAGCAGAUUGCACACAUUUGCUUUUGUGGAAGCUUUUCUUCUCUGUGGCUGGGACUAGUUCUGUUCAGUCAUGCGAAGUAGGUGAGACUGGACAGGCUCAGCUCAGCUUUCUUGCCCUGACAUAGACUGGCAAUAUUUUUCACAACUGGGUGAAGCUAGAAAUCCGAGCAGAUGCCUGUGCCACCACCGCCGCCGCCACCUCCUCCUCCACCACCUCCACCACCACCUUCUGCAGGGCCCCCUCCACCACCACCACCUUUGGGAGGGCCCCCUCCACCACCACCACCACUGGCAAGCUCAGAGGUACCAAAAUUGCGAAAGGACGAGCAGAAAGCACGGAACGCGCUCUUGGCCGAUAUCCAGCAGGGAACUCGCCUAAGGAAAGUGACCCAAAUCAACGACCGCAGUGCGCCACAGAUCGAAAAACCCAAAGGAGCUAACAGAGAUGGAGGUAACCCAGCUGUUGAUAAAGGUGGCUCUCAGCAGCCUCUGGGAGGUUUAUUUGCUGGUGGCUUUCCUGUUCUCAGACCAGCAGGCCAGAGGGACAUGACAGCAGGGAAGCUCUCCGGAGGCCGAGCAGCAUCGCCCAGACCCUCCGCACCGCCGAGCAGCGGCGCCGCCAAGGCGAGCAGCACCCUCUCGCAGCCGGCCGAGGUUCCAAGGGCAGCUGUCCCACCGGAGCCUGCCGGCACCUCCCGAGCCGCAGCGGGAGCGGGUCCCGGGCGGCCCAGCCUGCCCGCGCCCCCUCCGCCGCCCCCCGCUUCCAGCAAGCCUUCCCUCACCUUCCCUCCUCCUCCCCCUGUGCCCCCUCCGGCCGAUCGCCCCGCCAAAGGGGUGACCCCCGGCGCUGCUCCCCCGGCCCCGCUCCCUCCCCCUCAGGCUGACAAACCCGCCAAGCCUCAAGCAGGCGCUCCGCCCCCGCCGCCCCCUCCUCCUCCUCCUCCCCCCCCGCUGCCCCCCGUGCCCCCCUGCGGGCUGCCGGCCAGGGCCGCCGAGGCCUCUGCGGCCGCCGCCGCUCCGGCUGAGGGAAGGGACUGUCCCCCUCCCGCGCCGCCGCCCCCGCCGCCUCCUCCGCCGCCACACGCGCACCCCCCGCCCGCGAACAGGCUCUCCUUUCCUCCCUCCCCGGCCUUCAGCGGUGCCGACGUGCCCCCUCCGCUGCCCCCCAAGUCUCCCCACCUGCUGUCACAGUUCCAUAAGCCGAGCAACAUCCAGUCGCUGCCGCUGCCACCCACCCCCGGCCCUCCUCAGCCCGCAGCCGUGGGGGAGAUCAGGAAGAAGAGACCCGGCCGAGGCGCAGGAACCGGUGCUGGGAAGCUGGUCACACCUCCACAGCCACCUGCAAGAUCCCCAACAACUGAACUUACAAGCAAGUCUGGAGUCUCAACCUGGGCUACAGCUCAUGACCCCUACACACCACUUAAAAAUGGAAAUAUGCACAUCAUUGAUGACUUUGAAUCAAAAUUUACUUUCCAUUCUGUGGAAGAUUUCCCCCCACCUGAUGAAUUCAAACCAUUUCAGAAAACAUAUCCCAGCAAGAUACCCAGAGAUCCCUCUAAAAAUCCUCCAUUAAGAACACACGUGAGAUGAGAAGAGUCUUCUGAUGUUCUCUGGACUAGUAUUAAAAAAGAAUAUCAAGAUAUUAUAUAAGACAGAAGGGGUCCCUGUUGCAGUGAUAGAUUGUACUUGAGUCACAAGUACUGCAAUAUUAACAUUUCCAUAAACUGUAAAACAAUAUAAAUUAUACCUUUUGAACUGGCCUACAUACUACAGGAAUGUUAGUACAGGCUUUUAAAUUACUGUAUAUAGGUGAAUAUUUUUUAAGCAAAGCUGCAUAAAAUUUAAAUUCUUUGUAGUGUUGAAACAAUUCUCAUUCUUAUUGUGCUGACAAUGUUACCUCAGAAUGUUUUGUGCUACGUGCCUGUAGUUCUUUUUUCCCCUUCCAUCAUAAUUUUUGGAGAUUCUCCGGUUAUUAUUUAGACAUUUUUUUCAAUGAACUGUCAAACUAAUAUGCUAUCUUUAGUCUGUUUUUAUAUUUCUUCACUUCUUCCAUUCUGCCUGGCCUCAGAUUGCAGCAGGAUGUCACUUUCAUGAAGGGAUGGGCCCACAACCCUUUUCUCAUGAAGCUUGAAGAGGAGGUGCCAAGGAGCUGUGGCUGCUAAUGAGCCUACCUCCUAAUGAUUACAUAUCCUUAUAGGAUAGUGUCUGAAGAAGCCCAGCUGGGUAGGGUGGUCGUGGACUUAACAAAGAUGACAGAACCUUUCCAAAGUAGAGGAAAAGGAAGUUGCUGUACUGUAAGCAAGAAGAAGAAAUGGUGUGUGUGACCGCAUGUGCCGUGAUGAGCAUAUGUAAGGGCACAUGUCCUAUCUUUUCCUGCUGGCAAAGUGGGGAUUUACCUUUUCUGUGAUAGAUUGCCUUUACCCAGCAAUUACAAAGCCUUUGCAUGAGGGGUCCAAAACCUACAUUUUAGAGCUACUACUGUUCACUAGCAGUGAAGGUUCAUUGUCCAAAACACACCACGUGGAAUGCUCAGCCCCCAAAGUGGUUCUUGUCUCAAAUAGAGUUGGUUGGGAAAAGUAGCAGCCUAGCAGCAGACAAGACUUGAACUACUGAUUUUAAUAUUCAGACCUUGGAUAAGGUAUUUGGAUCACAGAUGUUCAAAUCUGGUCCUAAGAUGUCUAUUUCUAGCAUUUAUUACCCUUAUUCUUGUGCCUUGGGAGGAGUGGUGCCAGGGAGGUGUCAGGGAAGUGAUUCUUCUCCUCUGCUCAGCAGUAGUGAGGCCACACCUGGUGUGUGGCCACAUGUGCUGUGUCCAAAUUCUGGGCUCCCCAGUGCAAAGAAGACAUGGCCAUGCUGAAGAGACAGUCCUACAAAGGUGAUGAAGGGGCUGGGACCAUCUCUCCUAUGAGGAAAGGCUGAGAGAGCUGAGACUGAUCAGCCUAGAAAAGAGAAGGCUCAGAGGGGAUCUCUCCAAUGAAUAUAAAUAUUUGAAGGGAGGUAUAAAGAUGGAGCCAGACUCUUUUCAGUGAUGUCCAGUGACAGAACCAGAGGAAAUGGGUAGCUGCAACACAAGAGGUGCUGUCAGAAGAUCAGACAGCACUUUUGUCAAGUGUGUGCAAGUGACUAAGCUUUGGAACAGGUUGCCCACAGAACUUGUAGAAUCUCAUUCCUUAAAGAUCAUCAAAAGCCAUCUGGACUUUGUCCUCUGCAACUGGCAGUAGGUGACUGUUUGGCCAGGGGUGUUGGACCAGAUGACCUGUAGCCAUCCCUUUCAAUCCCAACCACCCUUUGAUUCCCCUUUUUACAGCUUUUCUGGGUUCCUGGACCUGGGUUACAGCAACCCUAAGGCACUGCUGGGAGCAGAGUGGCUGGAAAUCUGCCUGACACUGAAGGACUGGGGUGUGCUGGCUGACAGUGGCUAAACAGGGGCCACUGUGUGCUCAGGUGGUCAAGAAGGCCAACAACAUGCUGGCUUGAGGAGGUUCAGAGGGGCCCUCAUUGCUCUCUGUAACCCAAAAGGAUACUGUACCAAUGUAGGGGUCAGUCACUUCUCUCAAGUAACAAGGCACUGGACAAGAAGAAAUGCCCUCAAGCUGUGCCAGGGGAGGUUUAGAUUUGAUAUUAGGAAAAACAUCUUCACCAGGAAGGUGGUCAGGCAUUGGAGGCUUCUCAGGGAAGUGGUGAAGUCACCAUUUAAUACCUACAGGUAUUUAAAAUACUUGUAGAUAUGGCACUCAGGUGAUGCCUCAGGGUUUAGCUUUUACAUUUUUCAGAUUCUGUACCACUUUAGUGCGUAAUUCUGAGCUUCAUAUUAGGGAAUAGUAAGGUCUCUUCACAGAAUAGGUAGACAAAGGACCCUUGGUUCUGGGGACCAAGGGCAAAUGAUCCAAAUUUCAGGCCCAAGAGUAUAAACAACAGUGGAAUGAAGAGAGAAAAACAAGAAGGAUGGGACUUCAUAAUCUAAAGCUAUAAUUGGAUAAUUAACUCCAAUAUGCUAAUGGACCAGAACUUAUAAAAGUGAGAGACUGCAUGACUGGUCAUCCAUUUUGUGACCAUUUUGGGUUCAUCUUGGGUGUAUUUCCCAAGGUGUAGUCAUCGAGGCCUUCUAAUAAUACCUGCUUUAUUCUUUAACUCUGUCUAGUCUCUGUUCUAGGUCAGCCUUCACCCGGCAUCACAGAGACAUGGUUUAGUGGUGGACUUGGCAGUGCUGGGUUAAAGCGGGGUUAGAUCAUCUCAAGAGCUGUUUUCCAGUAUAAAUGAUUCUAUGAUUCACCAGUCUGAAAAAGAAUACUGCUGUUCCAGGGUGAGUCUGGUGCUAACAGCCAGGCUAUUACAGUUAAGGUAUUAAUUUAUAUAAUUGCCAUCAAUUCCCCUCAGUUAGAGGUGUAAUAAUGUUAUAGAUCAUUGAUGAUCUUUCCCCAUGGUGUUGCCUUUGAACAAAACUUUUUGGAAAAGACAGUUAAGUGCAUCUUUACGUCCCUGCUUUUCUCUUUGUUGUUACAGUAGCUCAGUUAUGCUGUAACUAUUCCCACACAUGCACAUUCGUGGUGUGAGAGGGUGUAGGGGUAAGAAGCUCUUCACCCAUAGGACUCCUAAACCAACUCCUAAAUCAACAUUAGUCUUUUUUUAGCCUAUUGUGAUAACUUGCUGUACAUCAUGUGAAAAGAAAAAAAGAAAAAAAAAGUAGUGAUGCUUUGACCAAUAGUGUCACUUACUGUAGUUACUUGAUAAAUAUGCAUGAAUGUAGUAACAAACAGGGGUCUACAUCUACAUUGCUUCUCGAACAACUGGAAAAGUUGAAUACUGUUUUAAAAACUAUUUUGUUACAGUAUUAUUAAAAGUGGCAUAUUGUUGGCUCUCAUCUACUCUGGAAUUUGUGUACUGCUCUGUAGUAAGUACCUUCCUAAGGAUUUUAAAACUAAUUCUAGACUACCUGCCAGCAGAUAUAUAAAGGAGAAGAAAUUUUAACUCAAUUUUUUAUUAUGGUUUGGGUAUUUUAGAAAUAACAUCUUUCAGGGAUGAAAUGAGAAAUCCUGUGCCUGUUUGCUAGCAUUUCUGAAAUGUUUCCAUACAUUCGUCAUUCAAGAUCCAUUGAAGCAUCUGGAGAUACAGAGGAUCACACUGGCUGUCAUCCUGAGGCAGCUGAUCCCACAAGUGCCACUGUGCCCUUCCACUGAGACACACCUCUGUUCAAGACCACUGCAAAUACUAAGACCAUGCAGUUGCUCUGGUUUCUAGUGACUGCACCCAGCCAUGUUGCUGUACCACAGCUGCUUUUGGUUUUUAAAUGCACUAUACAACUAAAGCAAAAUCAACACACUAUUAGAAAAUUACUACCUGCAUCACUGUGCUCAAAACAAUUUAUUCAUUCUGUCACAUAAGCAGUUCCACAUAAGGACAUAAACGCCCAUGAGAUAA